ACCAUCCGAAUCUGGUUGCCAGCACGCGGCGGUAUCGGCCGAGCCAGUUCACCAACGAUCUCAAAUGAAACGGUCUCCUCUCCUUUUGUGUUCAAACGAUGUUCUGAGAGUGUAAACAGUGACACACGAUGACCUCACCAUCCACCCUCGAUGGACUGCCAAAACAAUUCGUGUCGGCUAUGAGAACCCUCUUCGACAUUAUGGACGACAAAAGGACAGGCUACGUAAAUUUUUCGGACAUCGAAAACAGAUGGCAGGACGACGGCUCCAAGGGACUGCCCAAAGGUGUCAUCGAGAGCUUAAGAAAGGUCACACCGCCCAACGGCUUGUUGACGUUUGAGAGAUUCUGUGCCGGUUUGAAGAUUUGCCUGUUGAGGAAUCAGGUGGAUAAUCGAAACGAUCACAAAAGGAAUAACGACCAUGUGAGUGUACAGUCCAACAGUAGACCUCCUUCAGCUCCCCUUUUAGACAUCGAAACGUCCCCAAACACUCAAUGGACCAACACCGCAACCAUAAGACCCAACAAUGUGAUAUCUCAACAGAGGACAAUCAGCAUGCCCCUGCUCCUACCCAAGGAAAGUUCAAGCCAUCAAUCAGAACCUGUAGAAAUCCAUAACAACCUUAACAACUACGAGAAACCCCUGCCUACAAACAACAAACCUACCCUUUACGGACCUCCAAAACCUCCUAGGACAGCGAUAGGCAUCGAAAGAAACCCCACGACCAACAUCGACAGAGCAGAGAUCAGAAACGCUCUUCAAAAUUGGCAAAUGGGAUUGAUGAUGAACGAUGACAACAAAACUAAGCAACAGAUACAAUACACGGGUCUGCUGAGACCUAGCAGGAGUCUGGGAGAUGGUAAGGCAGCUAUUCAAUCUGAUAUUCAAACCGGUAUGUACCAAAAAAAGGCAAAUGUGAGAAGAAGAGAACCAAGAAGGCAUACUUUGCAGAAUGGCAUUGAUUACAACAUGUUGAAAAGGAUGAAACAGAUAGAACAGGAGAAGGAUGUGCUGAUGCAGGGACUUCAAGCUGUGGAGAAAGCCAGAGAUUGGUAUCUGAAACAAAUAGCUGCUCUUCAAGAUAAAAUAAAAUAUUUGGGUAGAAUGGGUCAUGUGGAGCCAUGGUCAGAAUCACAGCAAGAACGCUUGGAACUACAGAGAGCCAGAGUAAUAGAAGUCAAUAGGCAUCUUUCAGCUUUAACUGAAAGUUGGGAAAGAGGAGGAUUACCACUUCACAUCAAUUUAGCAGUUAAUCACUAUCCCUCGGCCCAUGGAGACAUAACAGAUAGACUCAAACAACAAAACCGUUUAUUAACAGAGGAAGUAAGCAAGAAGAGUGAAAGAAUUUCUGCCUUAGAACAUGAGAAGGCAAGCUUGAUCCAAGUUUUACAAAUGAGGUCACCUUCAAGUAGAAGCAAUGGACAAGAGGAAGCUGUCUUUUAGUUCAUCCUUGAAUUUUCUACAACGAUUCUCUAAUUUUUUUUGGGCAGUUUAUUUUAUAACAAAAUUCAAUAAUCUUAAUUGCCAAAAUUUGAUUUUCUGCAUCUCCACAAUGAAGAGAUCUUUAUAGUUUACUCGUUGGUUAAAAAAUGAUUAUGCAUUGUUUCAUCCCAAAACUGAAAAGUCUUUAUUCCUAUGAAGAAUUUAACUAUUGUUAAUUAUAAAAAUUUUAUGCUGAUAUCAUAUUACAAUAUACUGAAUAGAUUUCAUUGUGAAAAUCUAAUGUGAUAUAAUAAGGAAAUUUCACUAGAUAUUUUAUCAUGUUUGUUACCUUUUUUGUGAACUAUGAUAUUUCUGUGCCAUUAUGAAUUGCUACAAAAAACUUAAUUAUUACUAUAUAAAAAAUUUAAGUGAUAAAUAUUUAUGUAGUUAUUUAAUGAACUAUCAUCAAUUGCUCAUUCAUAUACAUAAUGUUGAAUAUACAUCGUUCUAUAGUUUCUACUCCACAAAAUUUUGUUUUCAUAUUGUUGUAAUCUAUUAAUCUACUAGAAACAUAACCAGACUGAAUUUGUGUUUAGUGAUAUUUUAUUGUGGAGUUAAAUUUUACUAAAUAUUUCAUAUUCUAUUGAAUAAUAUUCAAAAUUAGAAAAUGAAAACUAUUUGGCUUUCUGAAAAAUUGUAUAUAGCAAUUUUAUCAUGAGUAGCUCAAUUAAAUUAUAAAUCAUAUUUCAGAUUCGAAAACUUCUGUUUUUGAAGUAAAUAUGUAACUCUUAUUUGAUAGGUGAACCAGUAUUCAAUUUCAGUGUUCCUAACAUAAAUUAAAACUCAUUCUUGAAAGAGUGUCGUCAAAUUUAAGGUAGCUAACUUGAAGAAAUUUCAUAUAUGUUAAUCAGUAAUAUUGAUAUGCUGCUUGAUUUUCGUUUCAUCGGAAAAACAAAUUGAAGUUCUUCUCUAGUGAAGAUAUAUAAAAUACGAAUUUAUAUGUAUAAUUCCUCAACCAUGAUUUUUUUUUAUUACGUAUGCAUAUCAUAUGUUUCAUGAAAAACUGGAAUAAACUUGAGCAAUGUAGUGAUAUUAAUGAAUUAAGAUAUAAAAAAUUUUAGAGCUUUAAUAUUUUCCUUUCUUAUUUAUUUUUGCAGGUUUUCAUUUAUUUCAGAACCAAUCCAAGGAAUUUAUCGAAAUGCUAUUUUAGAAUUUGGAAUAUCCCCAAUAAAAUGAUGCUUUGAAGUAAUUUUGUAGUUGCUAUCUAUUUGAUGGACAAUAAGAGAAUCAAUAUAACUUUUUAUGGCU